UUCUUUUAAGAAAGAAAGAAAGAAAAAGAUUAUAGUCAAAAUAUGGACUAAUGUCUUAUUCUUCUAAAACAAUAAUUGCAUUUAGAAUAUGCCUUUUCUCCCCUACUUUUCUUUCUUUUGAAUUUCAAUAUCAAUCCCAACAUAUAGGGUGGGCGGUCUAAAUUAGUUUAUAUGGUUCGUUUAUUUUUGUUUUCUAUAUAUAUAUAUAUAUAAACAUUUUAUUGUAUAUUUAAGAAAUGUAGAUUCAGUUCAUUGUAUUUUUGUUUGAUUUUUUAAAAUAUAAUUAUACGAUAUUUAAAAUUAGAUAAGAGUUUUCAAUAGAUAUGAAUUCAGAAUUUAGAAAAUACAUAAUUUGAGCCAAGUGGGAUUUUGGUUGUAUUGGAGCUUUAUGUGAAUAGUAAAUUAAAGCGGGAGAAAUGGGAGAAAGCUUAGCGGCAAUAUUAUGGCGCUCGUCACGAUGUUCAAUGUGCGUAGUGGGCGCCGUAACGGACAAUAUUCUGCGUAUGGCAGCCACUACUGAGCUUCCAUAUCCCAAAUCCCAAUCUUCAACUUAAAGCUUCUUACUAUAACUUUAAUCUCACCCUCUCUCUCUCUUCCCAAACACUUUUGGAACCAAUCGAAUCAGUUCAAAGAUUGAUGGUGUGAAUUCUUUUUCCUCUUUCUUUCAGAAUCUUACCUUUUUUCUUUCACUUUCAAUUGAUCAACCAACCGUUUCUUCCCUUUUUCCACUUUGAUUGUGCUCCAAAUAUUAGCAUAGAUCUCGAUAAAAAUUGUUUGAUUGCAAUCUUCAUUUGAGUUUAGUUCAAAUUACUUUUGAUUCACAGGUGAAAUCUGCAGAUUUUACUUCUUUUCUUGGGGGUUGCUCUUGCAUUUCAACCUAUUUUCGUUAAUAUUGUCUACUUGGUUUCUGUCGUUUGGAUUUCCUGCCUAACUAUGCGAGUACUACUAGAUUCCCACGAUGUGUUUGUAAAUUGUCCAACUGAAAUUUUGAUUGAGAUUCUUUCGUAUUUACCUGUGAAAUCGCUUCUGCGAUUCAGAUGUGUAUGCAAAGAAUGGAACAAAUUAGUUCAGAACCCAUUGUUUGUUAAUGCCCAUUUGGAAAAGAGAAUCCCAAAUUCUCUGCUCAUAAUCAAUAGCUCCCCCACAGACCAGAAAGCAUGUUUCUCACUUGUUAAUGCUGAAACAUUCAAUGAAACUUUUCGAUCAGAGAUUCCUAUGAAGGCCAAUCUAGGCUAUAAACUCUCUGUUUGUGGAUCAUAUAAUGGGUUAGUUUGCAUUUCGUCUGCAAGUCUAUUGGAUGUUGAUCCAAUUUAUAUAUGGAACCCUUCUGUUAGGAAAACUAGGUUGCUUCCCAGUAGUUUGAUUCCCAAAUGGGACCAUUGUUGGCCUCUAAACUACCUAGCAUUUGGCUUCCAUCAAGCAACGAACGAUCACAUAGUGUUGAGAAUUGUGAGGAUUGAGCAAUGGAGUUGCUGUUAUCAAGUGGAAAUUUACAGUCUCAAAGCUGAUUGUUGGAGGAGAGUUUCUUCUGUUCCUACAAUUCCUACUGCACUUGACUGCAGAUUGUUGUCCAAAUCCAUCUGCUCUAAUGGGCUUAUUUAUUGGAUUGUGAAGCACAAAAAUGGUGGAAUUCCCAAUUCCAUUCUCUCUUUUGACAUAGCCACUGAGGAGUUUCAUAGACUAAUGUUGCCUGAUUGUUUGGUUUACAUAGACACUCCACCAUUAUGCUUGGGAGUAGUCCAAGAAUCUCUUUCUAUUUUCCAUUGCAGGCCUGAUGGUGGGAACGGGAAGCAAGUGUGUGACACAUGGGCUUUGAAAAUGGGGUCUUGGGUGAGAUUAAACUCUAUUGUUCUGCCAUUGCAUGGGAAAAUAACAAGACCUUGGAGCCUCUUAGACUAUAAAUUUCUCACUGUUAGGCAGAUUGAAGAGAUGGGGAACCCCAGCCUUGCAUUGGUUGACACUGAACUGGAUCGCAUUGAAGAUAUUGGAAUUGAAUUGGGAUCUCAUUGGGUUUAUGCAGAUUCUUAUAAGGAGAGUCUUCUUCUACUCUAAUAAGGUACAAUUCUGAUAACGAUUCAAUCUGUAAUCUUCUAUUUUUUGAACAUAUGAAUCUAAUUUUUUUAAUGACCACAUCAUGGAUUGGUAUGUUCAAUACAAUUAGAAUCUUACUCGUGUAAUUCAUGUUCCGUAUUGGUAGACCAUUCAAGUAGUCUCUUCAAAAUGUCAUGUUUCUUUUUUUGCUCUGAAUUACUUGGAGAUAAAAAUUUAUAGUACAGACUAUUUCUUUCGAGUCAA